UCCUUUAAGACCACUAACUUAUCAGAUUCAUGGAUGAUUAAAGGGCUAUAUAGCUGCUUUCUCUCUCUAUCUCACUUGUAUUUCUUUCUUCUAUAUUAAAAAAAGACUCUAUUCUUUUACACCCACGAAGCCUCUCUCCUUCAUCAUCAAAAGCCACAUUCCCACUCAUCUAAUUAACCAAACAAGAUCGAUCGAUUCAAAAAGAUGAUUCAAGAGUUGUUGGGUAGUAAUAAUUCUCCUCUUAUAGUGGGUACUGGUUCUUCUUCAGCUCCUUCACCGCCGUCACUCUCUCCAUGUUCUUCCUCCAUAACAGCUGCCGCCGCCGCCGCGAAUAAUUCCUCGAAUUCAUCGGAGAAGGAAAACUUGAGGUGCCCUAGAUGUGAUUCGCCAAACACCAAGUUUUGUUACUACAACAAUUACAAUCUCACUCAGCCACGCCACUUUUGCAAAACGUGUAGACGUUACUGGACAAAAGGUGGAGCCCUCAGGAAUGUUCCCAUCGGAGGUGGUUGCCGGAAGAACAGGUCAAUCUGUGGGGCGGCCACAGCUGUUGCUGCUUCACUUGGGAAAACCUCCGGCUUGGCAGCCAGGUUCAAGAACAUACCCAUGUCUGAGAUCGGAGGAACCAUGUUUUCCGAUCAUCGUGACCUUCCCUCGAGUGUAGUCGGAGGAGGUGGAGGACCUAUACUGUGGUCUCCACCUCAGAGCUCACAGUUGUUGGCAUUUCUUAAUGCCAACUCUCAAAACCCUAACCCUAACCCUAAUCCCACUUCUUAUCUGAUGGAUAAUUCUCUAGCUGUGAAGGAUGAAGGGUUUAUGGUUGGAUCCCAUGAGGCUAACGGGUUGAACGCCCGGUCUAAUAUUGGUUUAGAUCCGUUGGGCGGUUCGGUUUCCUUAAGUUCAUUGUGGAUGAACAAUCCGAUGAAUCAAUCUCAAGCUGGUAUAUUUCUCGGGGAAUCUCAUCAUCAUCAUCAUCAUAAUCAGAACAAUGGAUUUCAAGAACUAUAUCAUAGGCUCAGAUCGUCAUCCACAUCUAACAACUAUUUCCCCGAGUACUCGUCGGUUCUUCUCGCUAACGCCUCUUCUUCGUCGCCUUCUUCCGCCAUUUUGGAUUCGGCUCCUGUUAGGGCAGCCGAUCAUUUUGGAUUCGGAACAAUCUAGCUAGGGAGUCAUCUUCCAAAGAUAAAAUGGUGAAGUUUCUUUCUUAAAUUAUAACUAGUGUGUGAUGAUAAUUACAAUAUCUUCAUAUAUAUGUAAUGUGUAGCUGUUUGGGGGGUUUGGGGUAUAUGAUCAAUAUGGGGGGGUGUAGAGUGGUCAGUUUUUCAAAUUUAGCUUUUUUGUUGUGUGUUUAUGCUUUAAGGUGUGCAUGUUUGGUACAACAAGAACUAAUUAAGGAGGUAUUCAAAAUGGAUAUUAAUUAUUAAUUAUAUAAUUAGUUUACUAUUA